GGUUGAACAGAAUAAGUAGGUGGAGCUGGAGCAUGGUCUGACAUGUCUCCGAAAGGGAAAAUGUGUUUUUCCAACUGCGACAUAAAUGCAACACCAGUGAAUUGGACUCAUCUGAAUUCUGGCUCUAACAGAGGGAUGAUCUCUUGGCUCCUGCAGCUCUUCAUUCUGAUCUUCUCACAACACUCUUCUUUAUGUGAUCCCCGCACAUUUGAAGUGAGCGUGUCUCAGAGCUCCUACCAGGAGAAGGAGAAUGACAACGUCACUUUGGAAUGGACAUUCACUACCAGCACCAACACCUCCUCCAAUCCCCUUUACGUCCUCUGUAAACUGAUCACACAUCAUAAAGGUGCCAUCCUCUAUCAGCUACAUGAGAGUAUGGAGAUCCCAGAGUCUCAGGGGCAGCAGUUCUCAGGACGAGUCCACUGUGACAAAGACGUUCUUGGUGAAGGACGGAUCAGGCUUCACCUGUCCAGACUCAGGACUGAAGACGCUGGUUGGUACGUGUGUAGCGUUUGGACAAAUUAUGGCAGCAGUUCUAAAGAAUGCGAACUCGUCGUCAGUGAAGCUGAGAGGGACGUUAAACCCAAAAAACUACCUUUGGAACCAGAUCCUUGGCUCCGGAAGAGACUGGGCCUCAUCUUUUCUCUGGGUUUGGUUAUAGCAGCCGCUGGUCUGAUGGUCGUCUGUAGUUUUGGUUUAACCAAAUCCAAGACUAAGUUGUCAGUCACAGUUUGACACACAGGAAAGUGUGUCAAAUACAGAUGAUCAAUUCCUGUUAUAUACAGAUGAUCAAUGACUGUUAUAUACAGAUGAUCAAUUCCUGUUAUAUACAGAUGAUCAAUGACUGUUAUAUACAGAUGAUCAAUGACUGUUAUAUACAGAUGAUCAAUGACUGUUAU